CAAAGUGGAUGGGAUGGUCAUUAAUUGAUGCACGAGGGUCAUAAUUAACAGGAUGCUUCCGAUCGACUCGUGUUCGUGUGUGUGCGUGUGUGUAUAUGUGUGUGAGAGGCGGCCUCCUGGAGGAACCUGGAGCAUAGUAUCGGCCGGAAACCAGGAAUGUGGAAUGCAGGAUGUAGGAUGCAGCAAUGGGACGGCGCAGCAUCGUCGAUGGAAUCGAUGGCUUUGAAUAAAGGAUUGAGCAAAGUGAAUAGCAGCUACUCCAAAUCAAUCUGUAUGAAGAAGGGAUGCCGCGAUAGCCGAUGGUACCAUCCACGGACUACCGAGCGAAUCCACGAACGCCGCUACAACGGAUCGUGCACUGAGUACCGUUGGCCCCGAGAGAAUAACAAGCUGCGCGAUGACUUCCGUUUCAGUGUCCCGAAGAGGCCCUUCCAUGGUUCGAGAGAUGCUCGGCUUGGAAUUGUCGGAUAGCAGCCUGAUGAAUGGAACCUUGGAAUUUAAUGCAUGAAAUAUCUGCAAAAUUAUAACUGUGCCUUCAAUGUCC